AUGCUUUCCCGCACAAGAUCCGCCGUCAUCGCGGCAACCGUUCUCUCUUUGCUGCCCUUGUCUUCAGCACUUCCCAAAGCGCAAGGCACUGCUUCAGGUCAAGGGGGCUACUUGGCUGCCUGCAUUGCGUCAACUUCGUCCGACGAAACGAACAUCUGCAACCCCGACUCUGUUGCCGCUAUCCAAUAUUGCAUCGUUUCAACGGCCCCGCCCGAAUCUGUUGCGGCCGAAAUCGGUGGGUUGGUCACCUACUGCGCAGAGCAACGCGAACCAGCCAAAAACAGCGCUUCUAUUACUGGAAGAGUCCCGACAGGCCAAGGCAUCCAGUGGUCUAACGCCAGCGCGCCCACCACCACACCUUCUUCGACUCAGUGGGCCGAUUGGUCGAGUACAGUCUCCAGCACAGCGACUCCUUCUCCUUCUUCUCAAUGGGCCGACUGGUCCAACACCACGACGACUUCUUCGACUUCUGAAUGGGUCGAUUGGUCUACUGAGAGCCCAAGCCCCGCCGCCACGAGCCAAGCAGAAGAGACAUGGUCUGACUGGAGCAUCCCUGCUUCGUCCGCUCCUCCCGCUCCUGAGACUACAAGCUCCUCGUGGGAAGACUGGAGUUCCACUACACCGACGCCCGCCGCUACCACCGAAGCCCCAUCGUCAACUUGGGAAGACUGGUCCAGUAUGCCCACUCUCCCUUCGGUCCCAUCCAGCUCCUCAACCAAGACCUGGACCUUUGGUGCGACUCCGUCUGUUUCGGUGGGCAUUUCAAGCAGCACACCACACGCACCUAUGGCAUCUACUUUUAUGGGUGCUGCAAACAAACUCGGCUCCCCCGCAAGCAUGCUUUUUGUGGCUGUGGUUGCUGUUUUGCCCUUGCUCUAA